AUGUUAUUGAUAUGCGUAUUAAAAUUACUUAUCGUUAACACUGUUAGAAAUAAUAAUCUCUUAUUUGUUUUAGUGAUAUUAAUAAGUGUACCCUGUUGUCUCUUACUACAUGUAAACGCUGCAGAUGAUUUUAAUUCCGAGUACAUAUAUCAAGAUGAAACUUUAAAUUUUAACAAUUACAACAAUAACUACGACAAUAAUUAUAAUUUAACAACGAUAAUAACACCGCUCGGUGUUCUUGAAUCUUCUCUAAUAAGUUUCGAUGGUAAUGAAAAUCUUACUACUGGAAUGGAUUCUCGUAAAAUGGACCAUGAUUUGGAUAUUCAUAAACAAGUGUUACAAUUUCCAAAAAUUCCAUACAAUCAAGAUUUUCACAUAUCUGACGUCAUAAAAUCUGCCAAUUAUAGUUUUUAUUUUAAUUUUUUACAUGUGUUUAUUCAAUUUGUUCAGCCUUAUGAUGUACCUUCAGAUUUACUAAAAGACAUCCUAGAAAAUCGCGUAACGAUAUCGAAACUAAUAACAGAGUCAAUGCAUAUGGAGGUCGGUUUACUCAUCCUCGUAGGUGUUUGUUCUAUUUUGGCUUGUGUCAUUCCUGGCACAGAACUCUGGCUCGCUUGUCGUCCUAUCAGAGAGGAUUAUAAGCCGACACAAUAUCCCGGAUUCCUAACUUUUGUACUCUAUAUAUUGGCCUUUAUACUUGGACUAGGCAUGGCGGUUUUGAUACUAUUUAACGAGCUGACCAACAUGGGUAUGGAGAAAAUCCCGAAGACAAUUGACCAAGCAAUUGAUGAUCUCAAUAACUAUCACUCGGGUACCACUGUACAAUUUCGCAAGUGCCUGACCAGAAGCCUAGAUGUUGCAAGCGAAGCGAUUAUGGCUGACCUUGAUAACAUUGAUGAGCUGCUGGGAAAGCCAGUACAAAUUGAGCUGUCCUACGAAACCGGGUUGGAAAAUACGCUGACCCAGUUACUGGAUGUUGCUAAUGCCAGCCAAGAUAUCGGUGCUAAUGCAAAUAAUUUGAUAAAGAAUGCCGAAAGAGCCAGAGAGUUGACCGCUGAAUUGACCAGCGAAUUGAACGGAAUCAAGCGUGACCUUGAGAAGGUCAUCAGCAGUUGCUCGAAUCCUCAAGAUCGGUUGCUCUGCUCUACUAUCAAUACUAAUGGUCUUGUUAUCAACUUUCAAAUCAACAAGAUUUUAAGGGACGAAAGGUUGCUGAGGUUGCGCAGCAUAAACCGGGAUAAUUUGACAGAAGAUGCAAGACGCGCACGCGGGGAAUACUUGUAUGUGCCUCACCAUAUUUCAAGGAGUACUUUGGACAUCAGAAACCAAAUAAGAAGAGAGUUGAGUUUAAUUCGAGGCCGACUAUUCGAUGAAACUCGUAAUUUAGAAUCAAGUAAUUCACACUUUAAUCGUAAAAUUGAAUCAAUUAAAAAAUACAUUCACCGUGACGUCGUUCCUUAUAUUCUUGAAUUUGAAGAGACAAGAUGGCUCAGUGGAAUCGCUACUGUUAUUUUGGUGUUUUUUGUAUGGAUUUUAUUGGUAAGCGCAUUAAUAUGUCGGUGUACAUCUAGUGAUAAUAAAAUACGGACCGCGCUACUCGGAUCAUUUUUUAAUUGCAUCAUAUCAAUACUUCUCUGGUUAAUAAUGAUAUUAAUGAUAUUCAUAUCAACACACACUGAGCUAAUACUUUGCCGAGCGCUUGAAGGUGACAGGAAUUACAAAACACUUGAGACAAUAAUCGAAUCAAAGCAUUUUCUGGGAAAACCUCUUGAGAUGUCACUUAGAGAUUUUAUCGAAAAGUGUGAAGAAAAUGAAGGAGUGUAUUAUCCAACCUACCUAUUAGAGAACCAAAAAAAACUUGAAGAAAUAACCGACUACUGGAAGUGGUCGGGUCUUACUGAGGCGUUGUCAAUCCUAAAAGCCGAUUUGAAGGGCUUAAAGAUUCUAACGAGCAGUUUUGAGGGUAAAUUAGACAGUCUGAUGUUCGCUUGCGAGGCGAAUUUGACCAGCUAUCGCAGUAUAGUGCGGGGAUCAGUGGUGAGCCGCGAUAUAAUAGCGCUGUCCGACCAAAUAUUUAAUAUAGCGCGUCAAAUAAAUGACCGUAGAACGUCCAGAGAGUUCGAAACGAUCGGCACCUCAAUGCGGUCCUUGAUGAUUAAAAAAGUAAAGCCGCUUGCGCUGAUACAGGAUACCAUUGUCGACCAGCUAAUAACGCUAGACAUUCAGUUACGACCCUACCAACAGAGACUCAAUGAUACUUUUGUCCACUUGAAGAGUGUUCAGUAUUAUAUCGAUGUUCAGGGGGAAUUUUUUGCCCAAUUGAAAACAAAACACUACGUCGAACGACUAAACAAUUAUCUCGACCAAUGGCGGAAGCACGUUCUAACCGAAAUGAGAUUCGGCAUCGCGAAAUGUCGGCCAUUGUACAAUAUUUUACAGGGGUUCAAAAUUCUCAUUUGCCAGGAUAUUUUGGGUCCACUAGACACAUUUUGGUUCCUAAUUUUUCUUUGUAUUAUUAUUAUGAUGAUAGCAACACCAAUUCAACAUGUUUUGGCAUGUGUGUUUAAAAAAUUUGAUAAAAUAAUUGUUUUUACUCCAAAUAGACGCAGAGAAAGUACAGAAACAAUAGUAAUCGAUCGCGCUAAUUGGCGAACACCCGACCCCCCACCACUGCCCCGAAGAGAUGACUGGUAG